GCGUUUGCAUGUUCUCCCCGUGUCCGUGUGGGUUUCCUCCAGGUGCUCCGGUUUCCCCCACAGUCCAAAGACAUGCAGGUUAGGUUAACUGGUGACUCUAAAUUGAGCGUAGAUAUGGAAGUAAAGUUCCUGAGUAAGCAAACAUCUGGACAGGCUUUUGAAAUCAUCCUGAACAGUCCCACUGAUUUGUCACCAGACAGGCCUCAGAGUCUGUACCUGGCAGCCGACAGAAAAGAGCCUUCACUGGAAAACCUGCAGAAAAAACUGGAUGCUGCUGAGGAUAGAAGAAGAAGUCUGGAGAAGCAGAUUUUGAAGCAGCUGUCAGAGAAACGAGAACAUGAAAGAGAGGUUCUCAAUAAGGCCCAUGAGGUGAAUAACAACUACAGCAGAUUGGCAGAGGAGAAGCUCAAUCACAAAAUGGAAUUGAGAAGUGAGAAUCGCAUGGCCCAUCUCAGUGCCCUAAAGCAGCGCCUGAGAGAAAAAGAGCUACAUGCCGCAGAGGUACGCAAGAAUAAGGAGCUGCAGUCUGAACUCUCUGGCUAAGGCAGACACCACAUCUUUUCUCAGGCCUACCAACCUUGAGUUGGGGGGAAUCAUGUAAUAGUCCUUCUACAUGCCUGAACUUCAUUUUAAAAAAUCAACUUGC